CCGUCCACUCACGUGACCUCUCAGCGGUCCCUGUGCGUCACGCAUUGGACUGUACCAUUAUUAUCUCUUUCCUCAAAAGUCGUGCUCAGGAUUUCCGCUUAGCGAAUCAGGUGGAGUCGGAAACGGACGGGAGAAAGUUCUCCAACAAUCGUGGGAAAUCUCUCAGUGUGAGUAUGGAACUAACAUUUAUCUACACAGUGGCAAUGCUUAACCAAGAUAGGAUUACGUCUUACUCAGGUUGGGAUCACUUUCCAAAACACAAUUUGUUUUGUAUAAAAGUACCCAGUGCACCACCUUAGGGUGCAUUCACAUUGAGGAACGCACGAUCAAUCUCCGCUUGAGGAAUCAGCAGAAAUUGCGUAGUGUGAAUGUACCUUAAAUGCCUCCUGGAGCAAGUGUAAAAAAAAAAAAGUGUCACUCAUUGCUAGGCUAGGUUCAUAUCUGCGUUUGAGAUUCGUUCAGUUAGGAUCAGUUUAUGUGGUUGAAGGAAUACUAAACUAAUGUGAACAGACCUCCCUUGAGAUCAUCUGUGUCAUUAUAGACUUCAAUGUGAAGUUUUGAACUUUUGAAAAUUUAACACUUGAGUUUAGUUUUUUUGGACAAAAAAAAUUGUGCAUAGGAAAAUAGACUACAGUAAAAUACAACAGACUAUUACAGUGUUUGGUUAAACAAUAUACAUAAAAUCUGUUAAAUGCCUUAGAUGUGUUUAUGAUAAGCCGAUAUAAUAACUCUGUGCUUGUUAUCUACUUCUUGAUUUUUAAGAAAGGGAAGGAGUUUUUUUCAUACUAGGUGAAGAAAUUGGAAGAGCGUGGAAUUGGAAUUUUUAAAAGGCUUUUGUUUUCCCCAAGAAGACGUUUUCAGUGCAGAAAACUGGGCUUACUCUUUUUUUGGUGAUUUGAUUUUUUUUUUUCCCCUCUCCUUCAAAUAGAGUGGGGGUAUUUUUUAAAUUUUUUAAAUUUUUUUUUUUUAAUAACUAAUUUUCUUUUUGGACUGUUCUGUGAUUAUACAAAACUGGUUAUACAAGUCAAGUCCAAAUCCCUUCCUCACCCUACUGCCACUCCCACUCCCACAAAUUAAUUGUUGGAUUGAUGGUUGAUUCGACUUACAGGAGAAAAGUCUUGCUGCUGGUUCUGAGCUGCCACCUACGGAUGUGCCUUGGAAUUCCAUAUACUUGUCUAUGUCUAUAAAAAUUGAAAACCAGCAGAACAUCUACAGUUGUGUGAACUCCGAUGUCUAACCAAGGAGAUGACUGUUAUUUCUAUUUCUACUCUACCUGCACCAAGGGGGACAGUUGUGCUUUCAGACAUUGUGAAGCUGCCUUAGGAAAUGAAACAGUUUGCACAUUAUGGCAGGAAGGUCGAUGUUUUCGCCAGAUCUGCAAGUUUCGUCAUAUGGAAAUUGAUAAAAAACGCAGCGAGAUACCCUGUUACUGGGAAAACCAGCUCUCUGGUUGUCAGAAGGCAAACUGUGCUUUUCAUCAUGCUAAAGGGAGAUUUAUUGAAGGGACAUACUUUCCACCAAGUAAGGUUGAAAAGCCUGAGCAAUGUAAGCCAGAGGAGCAGACCACUCUGCCACCACCGGCUCCCACAAAGCUUUCUACAGCCCCUACUCCACAACUACGUGGAGUGAAAAUAAUGGAGGCUACAGAGAAUGUUCCAAGCCCUACACAUCCACCUGUAGUGAUUAAUGCAGCAGAUGAUGACGAGGAUGAUGAUGAUCAAUUUUCUGAAGAAGGUGAGGAGCUGAAGAAUUCUGCCCAACCCAGUGUAGCAUCUGUAAACCAUCAUGGAACUCAAUUAUCGAUCAGAAAAUCAUUAAUGCCAAAAAAGGUUAACUUGAACUAUGGUAUUAAAACCCUAAAAGAAAUUAAGUUUGAAAAACAGGACCAAGAUGUACCGAAGGAUGAUUCCACAACUUCUCCAGAAAUUUGCGCUUCAUCUUCUAACCAAAUAAACAGCAUUUCAGUUCUGCGGACUGUCAUGUUUACCAGUAAAGAUUCAACAACACGGCUUGGUUUGAAACAAAGAUUAGGAAAGCGCAAGAAAUUUCAAGGAGACAGCCCACUAGCUUCUUCUGAUGGAGAGGUUCUGCCUUCUCCAAAGAAAACGUUGUCUGAAAGACUUGGGAAAAGAAAUGCAUUGCCUACUGAUAACCUGGAGUUUCAGCCAAAGAAAGAGUCAGCUUUUAAUACAGGGACAGACUUCCGCAUUAAGACGCUUGAAGAAAUCCGGCAGGAAAAAGCCAGUAGGAUGGAACAAGAAACCACAAGUAUUUCUUCUCAAAGCGAAGACAAAAGGAGUAUAAAGAGCAAGCUUUCCUCCAAGCCUCAGACAGCGGUUUACAUUAAAUCAUUGAGUGAAAUUCAGGAAGAAAAGAGACUAAGACAACUUAAAGCUGGGGUACAGAAGCACGAGAACACAAAAGAUGAAAACGAUAGCAAGGCAGAUGAGGAGCUUGAUCGAAAAAAAUCUGAAAAUAAAGCACUAAAUGAUACAAUCCCAACAGAGACUACACAAAAGCAGACUGGUUUUAAUUGGAAAGUACAGAGUGAAAGAAAGCUUAAACGGCCCAUUGUAAAUGACAACAUUUCCAGCCAUGUUGGCACCACUAAACCCCUUGCUGUUAAUUUGAAAGGGCCAAAACACAAUUUGCAGUCAAUAGAAACAGUUAAAGUCAAAACUCUUGAAGAGAUCAGACAAGAGAAAGCUCUUCGUCUCCAACAUACUGAAAAAUCAGCAAAUGUGGAGUCUGUAUCUAAAGCACAGACCCCGUCAAAUCACAAAAAGAUCCUGAGGCUCUCCAAACCCAUAGAUGCUACAGAUGUAAAACUGGGCCAGUUAACUGUAGAGCCAAGCCUUCCUGCAAAUAAAGCUGCUGAAGAAGAAAAUAAGGCAACGAUGACCUCUCCUGUCAAAACCUCUGAAAAAAAACAAAGUACAGAAAGCGUGGACUCCAAAAUUGAGCCUAACGCACCUAAUACAGAUUAUCAAAUGUUGCCCCUAAAAGAUGGAGGCAAAGCAGAAGUUUUGAAGCAAACUGCAUUAACCUUUAAAAAGAGAGACAAACCAAAACUGAAUGUUGAGCCAUGUGUGGUGAAAAAUGCAUUACCUAUUAAAGCAAUAAUGAAGAAGAAAGCACAAGAAAGAACUAUUGUUGCUGAAGUUAAACCCAUGAGCUCCUGUAGUGAAUCCCAGAAAGUGUCAGGAACGUUUCCAGAGUCUUUUGAAGAAUCUACAGUGGACAGUGUUCCGCCAAAACAGCUCAAAAUCAGCACCCAGACCAAUUCACCUGUGGUCAGUGCAUCUGCCAUAGUACAACCUCCUUUGAAGUCACCAAGGACAAGUACAACGUCAAUGGGGAAAACUUCUGUACCCACAGAGGAUGAGUUUGAUGAGCUGAUGUGGGAUAUUUCUGAUGAUAAACUUGAGGGGGAAUUGGAUCUGGAUUCCAAUAAAGAUGAAGAUGCGCUUCUUCUGGAGCUCUCGAAGAUGAUUGACAGCUGAUUCUACAAUGUCUUUGAAUCUCAAUAAUGUAAACUGCAGAUUUAAAAACUGUAAAUAAAUACACACUGCCCUGGUCUUGCUCAGUGGUGGCACUUAGAAUUUGCUCAGUUUUAAUCCUGACCUAUGGAAAACAUCAUAAUGGUGUGGCAUCCAGCCUUAAUCUAGGGGGAGCAAAACAACAUGUGGUUGUAAAUUAUUUAGUUUAUCAAGAUAUUAACUUUUUACUGAUCUAUUACUGCUCCCACGGUUAAGGCAAAACCAAUAUGAAUUAUAUUGGGCAAUAUUUAUAAAUAUAACCUUUUUAUGUUUUGACGCUUUAGUCUUAUUUUUGUAAGACUAUUUAACUACUUUUAUUAGUUUUUAUCAUCAGACUAAAUCGUUUUAAUUUGUUUUUGUUUUUUUUAUGAGAAAUUAACUCUCCUGCCUCUAAUUGAAAAGUAGAAGUGAAGUACUUGUGUAGUGCUGAAUUGGGUUGCUUUGUUGAUUUAUGUACACACAUUACAGUUAUUGCAAAUGCAUUAUUUGAAAUAUGUGUCCCUAGCGGCUAUUGAUGUAUGAAACUGAAAAUCAAGCUGGAAUUUGUUUCUCAGGAAAGGCUUUGACUAUUGAUUCCUGUAUUAUUUCAUUACUAUUUUUCUUUAGUAAAGACAGGUUAAGUAAAACCUGUUUGAAAGUGACUAUUUUACUUACACUUGUGAUAUAUACAUUUUCCUAAUCCAAGUAAGCAACAAUAAUUUUUAUUAGUUUAAUCGCUUGGUAUAUUAAUGCAUAUAAAUUGACAGUUAAGUAAUUGCAACUUCUAUGAUGGUUUUUUUUUAUUUCAGGAGAUUCAGUUUUGAACAAGCUUAGGUGUCAAAGAUAAAUUGUAAAUCAGCGGAUGGACUAGUGAAAGAUAAUAAAAUGCUUGAUUUGUUACUGCCACAUUCAUGUUCACUACUGUUCCUGUUAACGUUCAAUUUUGCACUGUAUUUUUCACUGAAGGUCUUGUGAGUUAUUAUAUUUUGUCAUUUUUUUUUUAUUUUUUCUUCCUUUACCCAAAAUUUUUAUUGAAUUGUAUAAAAAAUGUAUGUUGGGUGAAAUAACUGAACUUAAUAAAGUUAGAUUUUUGUCAGGAUCUGACAUUAUC